CACUGGCUGCGCCUCGGCGGUCAUCGUCACUGACGUCACGCGUCCUCCAGCAAUCACCUCAGAGCAAUGGAUACGAAUUGCGUCCAGGGAGCGGACGGCGUGGAGUGCCAGCCGCUGAGCUCCAAUGCGGAGCUGUUCGCCUUCCGGCGCCAGCCCAUCAAGUGGAACGAGCUGGUGGAGCCGCUGGCGCCCAGGAGUCGUCCCAGGCGGCUGGGCGACGCCUUCGGCAGCAUGAGCUUCAUGGAGCCGCCGCUGCAGGAGUACAUGCUGGAGGAGAAGCGCCCGGAGGUGCUGGUGUGCCACGAUCUGGCCGGGAACUAUCGCGCGGACAGAUUCGUGGAUGGCGCAGAGAAGUGGGAUGACUACAGAUUCUACCACUGGGCGGGCAUCGACUACUUCUGCUACUUCAGCCACAAGUACAUCACCAUUCCGCCGCUGCAGUGGAUCAACGCCGGCCACAGGCACGGCGUCAAGGUGCUGGGCACGUUCAUCACGGAGUCCGGCGCCGGCGAGAAGCUGAUGGAGGAGGUGCUGCAGUCGGAGGACUACAUGAGGCGCGUGGCGGACGAGCUUGUCUUCAUCACGACGCACUGCCAAUUCGACGGGUGGCUGAUCAACAUCGAGUGCAAAGUCAUUCCGGAGAGAAUUCCGCUGCUCAAACAAUUCAUCGGCUACUUGACUGAGGAGAUCCACAGAAGCGUGGGCGGAUUGGUGGUUUGGUACGACAGUGUGAUUGAGAAUGGAACUGUGCGAUGGCAGAAUGAGAUUAACUUCAAGAACAGCACUUUCUUCGAGGUUUGCGACGCAAUUCUGCUGAACUAUGGCUGGAAUGAGAAGAAUCUGGAGGACACGGAGGGAUUUGUCUCGCUGAAGUAUCCGGGAAGGAAGAAGAAUGUGUUUGUGGGCAUUGAUGUGUUUGGACGUGGACAAGUGGCGCAGUUCAAGACGCACGAGACGCUCGAGAAGAUCGCCAAGAGGGACUUCAGUGUGGGUCUGUUUGCCAUUGGAUGGACUUUUGAGGCCAUGCAGAAUGAUUCUGUGGACAUUUUCUCCGAGCGUGGCAACACAGAGUGCAACGAGGCGUUCUUCCGGCGGAACAACAAGUUCUACGCAUCCUUCUGGAGUCAUCUGUACACCAGCGGACCCUGCGAGCUGCCCUUCUACACGUCAUUCUGCGUGGGAUCGGGUGAGGUGCGCCGAGAGCUGGGCCAGAUUGUCUCCUCGGCGCCGUGGUUCAAUCUGCGACUGCAGCAGCCGCAGAUGUCCAUUCCGAUUGAUCAUCCCUACAUUGAGCACCACUUCGAGGACAGCUUCGACGGUGGAUCCUGUCUGCGGAUCACGAGCGUCUCGCCCAGGAUCUAUCGGCUGUUCUGUGUGGACUUCAACUGCACGAAUGACAUUCUCUUCUCCUUCGCACUCAAGCGGAGCAGCAAAGACAUCGAUCUGGACGUGAUUCUGUUCGCUGUGGACGCCGCGACGGAGAAGCGCUGUCGCGUGGUGCUGUCCGAGGACUUCCUGUACACGGAGAGAGUGACAUGGCCGGGAAAUUGCAGCAUGAAGCCACUGAUUGAGGACAAUCUGCUGAAUGCGCAGCAUUUCCUCAACAGAUCCAAUGAGAAGCACAUUCCAGUGCGGAAUGACAUCAAUGGCUGGGAAACCAGAUUCUACUACUUGAGCUUCGACUCGUCCAUUGUGGCGCACAUCGUGGACAUCGGCGUGCGCGUUCGAGGACAACCCUUUGGCGGUCACUGGAUCAAUUUGGGCGCCAUCGGCGUCCACUCGGGAGUCAUCAAUAACCUCGAGUACGAGAAGAUCGAGUCGCAGCAGUUUGUGUGAAGGAAAGGCGAUCAAUAAAGUCGCUAUCAGUGUUGCAGGAAGAAGACGAGAGAAAGAGAAGCGCUCAAGAGGAGAAAUUUAUACGAUAAACGACACGUGAAUAAAUAA